AUGCUUACAAGAAGACUAAUACGACAACUACCUAGAAGGUACACUACGAUCCUGUUUACUCCCAACGAGAACAAACAUGUCUUUGAAUCAGAAAAAUUGAGUCCCAAGGAGAACUUUGACGCCAUUCCAAAUCAACCAGAUGUUUCCAACAUUGAUAAAGUUCAUCAUGAAAUUAUAAACCCUGAGGAGGUUGCCGAUUUAGUAACUAAAUUGAAUACAAAUGAUGUAUUGAUAUCCAUUCUCUCAAGGAAUAAGCAUUUAUAUGGUGACGAGGACUAUGCCAUUCAAAGUGUCAAGGAUCAGGAGGUACCUCCUGUUGUAUUUCCAUACUCGAGCAUACUUCUUAGUUGGAAAGAAAUAUAUAACAAGCAAAUCAAAGAUUUAAAAGAUAUCGAGCCUGUCAAUGAAGGCUAUCCCAAAGUAGAUGCCAAGUAUUUGGGCCUUUGGAAGCGUACAUCGUUGGACGAAUUUUUCAACAAAUCAAGAGCCAUUAAGAAUUCUACAUCAAUCAAGAAGGGAACAGUGCAACCAUCAGAAAUCAAGGGUUUAUUUACAGUUGAAUCAGCUUCGAACGUGGUUUUGAGUACAAUCGAUAAUCUCGAGUCUCUCGAAGAGUAUUUAUCGUUCAUCAUCUCGAAGGUUCCAUUGUUCACAUUUCAAGGUGCAAAGGAGUUGUUGACCCGCGUGACUUUGUUAUCUAGCGAAGUUGGUGUUAGUGGGUCCUCGUUGAACCAAUUGGCUUGUACAGUUAUUGAUUUGCAUCCGAGAGUGUUGCGAACAUUGCAGCAUGACAUUAAAGAUCGAUUAGCUUUCGCAAUUAUUGCCAAUAAUAGAGAGCUUGCCACAAGAUUAAUCCAGGAACUUAUAGAUGGGUCAGCCUGCCCAUCGCAAAAGACAGUCGACAGUUUUCUUGAAACCUACAAAUUUCAAGAUCCAGUAACUACUUUACGAGAAUUGACGUUUUUAAAAUCCGUAAUACAUCACCGUGAGUUGAGCGAACAUGCUUUCAAACUACUCAUUCAAACAGUAAGGGAUGUCAAUGAAUUGAUAAAGCUAGUGUCGCUACUAAAGAAAACCCCCAACCUACUUCAAGAGAAGCAAUAUGAACUAUAUGCCAAAUUGCGCCAGUUAACGACAUCAGAACUAGUCACCACCCAGUUUAUACGUUUCUUGACAAAAAACGGUAUCAAAUUGAACCCGCUUUUAAAAGAGAGGGUCAUCAAAGAUUACAACAGAGAUCCGGAGGUCAUAACUGCGCUUAACAAAGGUAUUUAA